AUGGCACUGCAAGAGGAGAGCUCCCCUCAGCAGCAGGAGCAGCAGCAAGAAGAGCAGCAGCAGCAGCAGCAGCAGCAGGAGCAGCAACAAGCAGAGCAGCAACAACAGCAGCAAAACGAUGGCGCGUCACCUGCCGACCGUAGCCCCUCCGGCAACUCUACAACGCCCGAGCAGCCACAGCAGCAGCAGCAGCAGCAGGAGCAGCAGCAGCAGCAGCAGCAACAGGAGGGGGACCUCACCGCAGCGGAGCUGCAGUGCAGAAACGACAAGUUGCUGCUGCAGCAGAACUCUCUUCUUGACUCGCUAACGUCUGAAAGGAUCUCCAGGCUAGCAGCAGAACGGCAGGCUCUUGCUGCAGCAGCAACAGCAACAGUUGCGGAGGGGAAGGCGAAGCUGCUGCAGCGGCGGCUCGAUGCUGCAGAAGCAGCGCAGCACCUGCUGCAGCAGCAGCUAGAGGACUCGCAGCAGAAGCAGCAGCAACUGGAGCAGCAGCUGCAGCAAGCCAGCAGAGACUCGACUGCAGCAAAGGCAGCAGAGCAGCAGCAAAAGGAGCAGCAGCAGCAACAGCAACAAGAGCAGCAGCAAAAGUAUGAUGAAGUGCAUAACUUGCUGCAGCAGCUGCAGCGCAAGUACGCUUGCUUACAACAGCAGCAGGAGUUGGAUGCUGCUGCUGCUGAGGAGAAGCAGCGCCUGCAGCAGGAGCUGCUGGACAUGAGGCAGAGUCUGCUGCAGCAGAAGGAUGCAGUUGCUGCAGCACAGCAGCAAGUGAUUGAGGAGCUGCAGCAGCAGAAGCAGCAGCUGCUACAGGAGGCCGAAGCAAGAGAGGCAGAGUUGAAGCAAGCACGCGAAGACGCAGCUGCAGCAGAAGCAGCAGCAACGGCGAGCAGCACAGACAGCGAGCAGCAGCAACAGCAGCAGCAGCAGCAGCAGCAGCCUGGCAUGACUGAGGAGGAAGCAAAGCUGCAGCUGCAGAAGAUGUCGGAGCAGCAGCAGCAGCAGCAGCACCCGACAGACCUAGCAAUUAAACUUCUAAUGGAGUUGGAUGCAAAAUCUCACCAGUGCAACGUGCUGAGGGGACAGAUGCAACAACAGCAGCAGGACGCUGAGGCUUGGAAGGCGGCGGCGCAGCAGCUGCAGCAGCAGCAGCAGGUGCUGCAGCAGCACCUGCAGCAGCAACAGACGGAGUUGCAGCAGCAGCUGCAGCAGCAGGCGGAUCAGGAGUGCCGUAUGCAGCAGCUGCUGCAGCAGAACAGGAAGAAGAGUCAGCAGAUUCAGCUCUUAGAGAGCGAGUAUGGAGAGAAGGAAGAGGAAGCCAGACGGUACAUGCACCGCAACGACGAGCUGCUGCAGCAAGUUGCUGCUGCUGCUUGGGAGCUGCAGCGGCUGAGGCAUGAGCAGCAGCAAGGCAUCGCAGCAGCAGCAGGGUCGAGCAGCAGCGAGCAGCAGAGCGCAGCAGCAACAUUGCUAGACUAUCAAAAGCUGCUGGGGUAUUCCAACAAGCUGAAGCUGCAGCUGCUGCAGCUGGCGGAACACCGGGAGGCUGCAGAGAAGCAGCAGCAACAGCAGCAGGAGCAAGAGCAGCUGCAGCUGCAGCACGAACUUCGGGAGUUGCAGCAGCAGCUGCAGCAAGUUCAGGCAGACCGCAAGGAGCUUGCUGCUGCAGUAGAGCGGCUGCUGCAGCAGCGGAAGCAGCUGCAGCAGCAGCUAGAGGAAGUGCGACAAGAUGCUGCCCUCGAACAGCACCCGAAGGCAGCAGACCAGCAGACGGUAGCAGCACAGCAGCAGCAGCAGCAGCAGCAGCAGCACACCAAAGUUGCGGAGCGCCUGGAAGAAGCUGAAGAUAAAAUGAGACGUUUUGUCGCGCAGAUGCAAGAAGUCGCAGCCACCUUAUGCCUGGAGCAGCAGCAGACUAACAAGUUGCUGACAGAGAAGCAGCAGCAGCAGCAGCAGCUAGCGGAGCAGAAAGCAACGGCAGACUUCUUCCGGAGCGAGUGCACGCGGCUGCAGCAGCAGCUGCAGCAGCAGCAGCUGCAACUGCAGCAAAGCAACAGCAGGGCAACGAUAGCGGAGCAGCGCAGCAGACAGCUAGAAGAGCAGGCGCAGGCCUUAAGAGAUGAACUGCAUGCACUGAAGCAGCAGCAGCAGCAGCAGCAACGGGAGGCGAGCCAGCAGCAGCAAGCCUUGCACUCAAAAGAGCUGCUGCUAGUCGAGUUGCAGCAGCAGCUGCAGCAGCAGCAGCAGCAGGCUACUGCAGCAGACGUGCAGCACGAGGAACGCUGUGCUUCCCUCCAGGUGCAGCUGCAGCUGCAGCAGCAGCAAAACGCCACGCUGCUGCAGCAGCAUAAGCAAGAUACGCAGCAGCUGCAGCAGCAGCUAGCCAACCUCAGUGAUGUCUCCAGAGAAAGAGAGUCGCAGCAUGCAGAAGCAAGAGCAGCAGCAGCAGCAGCACAGGAAGAGCUGCAGCAGCUCAAGCCUACCGUCGAGCAACUGCAGCAGCAAACGCUGGAGCUGCGCGUCCGCCUGGAGGAGAAGGAGAAGAUUAUAUGGCUGCUGCAGCAACGUGCUGCUGCUGCAGCAACGACAGACAGCAGCAGCAACAACAACAACCACAACAACGGCAGCCGCCCUGUGAGUGGUGCUGCAGCAGGAGCUGCUGGUGCUGCUGCUGCUGAGGCUGCAGCAGACACCGCAGCAGCAGGAGCAGCGUCGUCACCAAAUCAGCAGCAGCAGCAGCUGCAGCAGCAGCAGCAGCUACAGCAGCUACAAGACGAACUCGAGAGCUGCAAGGCCUUAAAGCAGCACUGGCAGCAGGCAGCAGUGGAGGCGCAGCAGCAGCAGCAGCGCAGCAACGAGCAACAGCAGCAGCUGCAGCAGCAACUCCAAGAGAAGGCUGACAGCAUCACUCAGCUGCAAGACAAGCAGCAGCAAAUAGAGUCUCUUCUCAACGAUAAGGCAAGCUCAACACUGCAGAUAGGACAGCUGGAGGCUACGAUCACAGCUCUGAAGGAGGAGCAGCAGCAGCAGCAGGACGCAGCAGCAAGUGCAGCAGCAGCAGCAGCAACGUCGGACAACUUGCGGCAGCAGCUGCAGCACUUAGAGAGCGAAUUAGAGAGAGAGAAAAAGGCAGCAGCAGCAGCAGAAGAGAGAUACCGCAGAGAGGUUGACGCUCGCGCUGCAGAUAUGCAGCAGCUUGAACGAGCAGAGAAGCAUCAGCAGCAGCAGCAGCAGCAACUCCUUGCACUCGAGAAAGACCUCAGCGACACACGAGCAGAACUUAAGAGCACACGAUCUGCUGCUGAAGAGGAGAGUGUGUCUCUGCUGCGAAGCAACGCGAGUUUGCUGCGUGAUGUUGAGCGACUUCGAACGGAGACAAAAUCUCUUCACGCACAAAUCAAAGAAAUCACCUCAUGCAGCGAGUCUCCUGUUGAGAGCAGUGGGGACAGCAGCAGCAGCGGGAGCAGCAGCAGCAGCAGCAGCAGCAGCAGCAGCAGGGAGCGUCAGCCACAAGAGCGUUUGCUGCAUGCCCGAUUAGAGGAAUCUCUAUUGCUUCGUGCAGCAGCAGAAGAGGAGUUAAGAGCAGCAAGGAUUGAGAGUGUGCAGCGCGAAGUGCAGCUAAAACAGCUAAAGCGGUCUCUAGAGGAUAUGAAGGCUGCAGCAGAAAGAGACAGCAAACAAAACGAAGUGCUGCAGCGCCAGCUGCAGCUAGCAGCAGCAAAAGAGCAGCUGCUCUCUCGUGUACCCUCUCUAGAGCUUGCUGCAGCACAGCUUAAUGCUGAGUUGAAGACAGCUCACGAGCGGCUGCAGCAGCAGCAGCAGCAGCUGCAGGAGAUGCGGGAACAGCAGCAGCCGCUGCAGCUGCGGGUGCGGCAGCUAGAAGCAGCACUAGAGGAGCAGCAGAGGCAGCACAAAGCAGCAAAGCAGCAAGCAGCAGAGUGGAAGAAUAACUACCACAACGUUCUCAAGCGCUUUGAAGGGGUGGAUAGGGGAGAGCUGGAGCAGCUGCGACAGGAGAAGAGCCGAUUUGCACAGCGAAUGCAGCAGCUGCUCUCUGAACGACAAAAGGAAGCUGCUGCUCUCAAGGAGAGCGAAGUUAAGAGGACGGAGUUGGAGAGCGCGGUGUCGAAGCUGCAGCAGGAGGUUAGCAGCAGCAGCACGGAGAAGCAGCAGCUUCAGCAGCAGGUGCAUCAGCUGCAGCAGCAGCAGCAGCAGCUUCGAUCGCUGGAGCAACAGACAGGAGCUUUGAAGCAGCAGCAGCAGCAGCUGCAGGAGGAGUUGCUGCGGGAGCGGAAAUCAAAUGAAAUGCUGCGCUCGCGCUUAGGGCAGCAGCAGCAAAACGCAGGAUCAGCAGCAGCACUUUCUCCUGAAGUUGCUGCUGCUGUUGGUCGUGUUGUUCGAGUGGGAGUUGUCUCUUGUGCUGCAGCGCAGCAAGCAUUAAAUGUUGUUAAGACAGCAGCAGCAGCCGCACACGAUGAAGGCAAGAAACAGGCUUUGAAAGAUGCUGCUGCUGCUGCGGCACACCAGGAGAUAACUACUCUGCAGCAGCAAAAGCAGCAGCAAGACAAGGAGCUCGCUGGAGUGAGACAGCUGCUGCAGCAGCAAACAGAAGAGAACCAAGUCUUACAGAAGCAGCUCGCUGAUCAGCAGCUGCUGCUGCAGCAGCAAGCUGCUGCAGCAGAAGAGGAGCAGCACCACUUGCUCUCGCAGCUGCGCCGCACACAGGAGGACCUGAGGAAGGCGCAGCAGAACCAGCAGCUGCAGCAGCAGCAGCUCCAGCAGCUGCAGCAGCAGCAGCAGCUUCAACAGCUGCAGCAGCUGCAGCAGCGACACCAGCAGCUGCUGGAGGGUCAAGGCACCGAAGACCCUUCGGUGUUGCUCCUGCUGCAGCAGCACGAGCAGCAGCAGCAGCAGCAGCAGCAGCAGGCCUCUGUCACUUCCAAACGCAUUAUGCAUGAGCAGCAGUUGCUGCAGCAGCAGCAGAGACCUGAAAAAAUGCAUAAGCGGGAGCAGGCGGACGACGUCAGUGCUGCUGCAGCAGCAAGAGCAGCAGAAGCAGCUGCUGCAGUUGCUGCUGCAGCGCCGGAGCCCCAGCACGCACAGCAGCAACAGCAGCAAGAGAGCGAACCUGGUGAGGAUUCGCCGCAGCAGCAGCAGCAGCAGCACGAAGAGGAAGAGGAGCAGCAGCCCGAAGAGCAGCAGCAGGAGGAGGAUGAGCAGCAGCACCAGCAGCAAGAAGAAGAAAUGCAAGAGGUAGAGCCGCUGCAGGAAGCCCAGCUGCCGCUGCAGCAAACAAGCAACACUCCUCAGGAGCUCACUGAAGAUAUAGCAGCAGACAGUGCAGCAGAGGAGCAGCAGGAAUCGCAAGAGAUGCUUCAUGAGCAGCAGCAACAGCAGCAGCAGCACGAAGAGCAGCAGCAGGAAGAAGAGCACCAGGAGCAGCAACAGCAGGAAGAGGAGGAACAGCAGCAGGAUGACGAAGAGCAGCAACAACAGGAAGAGGAGCAGCACCACGAACAGCAGCAGCAGCACCACGAGCAGCAGCAGCACGACGAAGAGCAGCAGCAGCACGCGGAGCAGCAGCAGCAGCAGCAGGAGGAGCAACAGCAGCAGCAGGAGGAGCAACAGCAGCAGCAAGAGGACCAACAGCAGCAGCAGGAGGAGCAGCAGCAGCAGACGAGCGAGUCUUCUCAGCUUGAAGACAUCAGUGAGGAGUCGUCUCAGCCGCAGCAGGAAGAGCAGCAGCAGGAGCAGCAGGAGGAGGAGCAGCAGCAGCAGGAAGAGGAGCAGCAAGACGUCUACUCUCUGAUGGAAGAAGACGAACAGCAGCAGCAGCAAGAACAGCAGCAGCAGCAGCAGCAGCAGGAUUCGGAGUCCACCACUGGGCAGGCACCUUCAACCCCUGGAGAAUCUGUUGCCCCUGAGGAGCAGCAGCAGCAGCAACAGCAGCAACAGCAGCAGCAGCAGCCAGCUGCUGAGGAUGAGGGGCCAGAAGAACUCGCUGUUGAAUCUGCUCCCGCAGCAACAUGGCAGUGA